AUGUAUCUACAUCACAUCAAUUACUUCCACAACAACUAUAACAGCUACCAACCAUUGCCAACACCCAUGUACUCGGUCCCGCCAACACCUCUCUCCUUGAAGGACGAGGUGAAACAGUCACACUUCUCCCAACCAUUCCAAUGCCAGCAUCCCUGUCAAGAAGGUCCCGACCAGAAUGUGCGGCCGUUCUAUCUAUACAAGGGGUUGGACCCCCAACGGGAGGAGCAGUUCAAGAUAUAUCCUGUGAGCAACGGACCUAACGCCGUCCUCGGUGCCAAUGUCAAUAGAAGUGAUGCUGUCAUGGCAGCAGCAGCUCCUCCUUCUCCUUCCACCUCGACAUCUUCGGAAUCAGACGACGAAAGCAGUGUCUUGGACAAUGAACUCAUUAAGGAAAUCAAAGAUUCAGCUACAGAUAAACUCAAGUACAAAUGUAACUAUCCUGGGUGUCGGUACAAAGGCACGUUUUUGUCGAAAGAUUACAUCCGCAGACAUAUUAGAGAACAGCAUAAACGUGAGAGAGAACACGUAUGUCAAGGAUUCCAUUCGAACGGCGAGAUGUGGGGGUGCAACAAACGGUUCAGUCGUCCAUACCAAUUGAUCAACCACUGGAGAGGACAAAGAUCGUUGAAAAGAUGCGGUGUUCCCGAAUCAGAACUAAGAAGAUGCGGCGUGCUAUAG